CUUCUCCGGAUGCUUAGAAAUGGGGGAAUGGACUAUACUAGAGAGGCUCCUGGAGGCUGCUGUCCAGCAGCACUCUACUAUGAUCGGAAGGAUCCUACUAACAGUGGUGGUCAUCUUCCGGAUUCUAAUCGUAGCAAUAGUUGGAGAGACCGUCUAUGAUGACGAGCAGACCAUGUUUGUUUGCAACACCUUACAACCGGGUUGCAACCAGGCAUGCUACGACAAGGCAUUUCCCAUUUCACACAUUAGAUACUGGGUUUUUCAGAUCAUCAUGGUGUGCACCCCGAGUCUCUGCUUUAUCACAUACUCGGUGCAUCAGGCGGCCAAGCAGAAGGAACGGCGCUACUCAACAGUCUAUCUGACAAUAGAUAAGGAUCAAGAUUCACUGAAGCGAGACGAGAGCAAAAAGAUAAAGAACACCAUUGUUAAUGGAGUACUUCAGAACACAGACAACUCAACCAAAGAAGCCGAACCGGACUGUUUAGAAGUCAAAGACAUGCCUAAUUCGGCCAUGAGAACUAUAAAGUCCAAAAUGAGGCGACAAGAGGGCAUCUCCAGGUUUUACAUCAUUCAGGUGGUUUUCAGAAACGCGCUGGAAAUAGGUUUUUUGGUGGGUCAAUAUUUCUUGUAUGGAUUCAACGUCCCGUCGGUGUAUGAAUGUGAUCGCUACCCCUGCAUAAAAGAUGUAGAGUGCUACGUCUCCAGACCCACGGAGAAAACUGUGUUCCUGGUCUUCAUGUUCGCGGUCAGCGGGUUUUGUGUGGUGCUCAAUCUGGCAGAACUCAAUCAUUUGGGCUGGAGGAAAAUCAAAACGGCCGUGCGAGGCGUGCGGGCUCGGCGGAAAUCCGUUUAUGAAAUCAGAAACAAGGACUUGCCAAGAAUGAGUGUGCCUAACUUUGGCCGCACUCAGUCCAGUGACUCUGCCUAUGUGUAACACAUGGGCAGGUGGCGGUCAAACCAUGUAGAAACCAUGAUGGACAUGUUGGACAGCUGCGCAAGCCUAAAUUCGCAUCAUGACUUAAAGAGUGGGCAAUUGUUUUGUUUUGUUUUGGUAUUUUAAGGACUUCAUGGCAAGCGUGGGUUACACGUUUGUUUACUUAUUAUUGCACUGGUGCAACUUUUUAGUAACGUUUAUACUCUGUAAGAUGCUAAACGGAAACCAUGUAACGUGUUCACCCGUUCUGCUCUACCUGAAGAGAGUAAAUGCAAAAACCUGCACUAAGAGGUGAACACUUCAGAGCCUGACCUUAUCCAAAAUGUGCUACUGUCCUGACAGUGUUAAAAAUAUGUUUGCUUUCCACCUGUUUUUGGCACCAACCUAAUUAAAUGCCACCUCACACAGUGGUUAAAGGGGGGGGGGGAACUACUAUCUAGAUUUAUAUAUACAUAGAUAUAUAAAUCCAUACUGACCAUGGUUCAACCUAGUGGAAAUGCAAUGUAAUUCUUCUUUUUCUUGCCUGUGUUGCACCACUGACCUUAACAUAUGUAACCAUUCCAUUGCUUUAUAGCUGACUUGCAAAACAGUAGCUGGUGAAUUUGCUGCAAAGCUAAUGUAUGUGACUUCCUUAAUUUAUGACACACCAAAGCGCCCACUGCUUUUGUUUGUGGUGUUUUCUUGCUUUAGUGUAAUCAAGUGCCAUACUUGUAUAUAAACAUAAUAUUAUAUGUAUACAUAAAAAUAUAUAAAUAUAUAAUAAUCAUUAUGAAAACUGACUCCCUGCUUGGAUUAUGCUAAAUGCUGCCCAUUUUUAUUUGCUUUAAAUGUAUUUGCUGUAAUUAAAAUGAAAAUUAAAAAAAACUUGUUUUAUUUAGCAAACAACUGGAAAAAGAAAUGAAGUGCUAGUCUUUUUUAUAUACAAGUAGGAAAUGUGUCUCCCCAAUCAAAGCUGAUCAAAAAUGAAAAACUGCACAAAUUGACAUUUUUAUCAAAGAACAGACAUCUGCUCUGGUGCUACAGUUUUUCAUAGAAUGGUUUUAAAUGUAACCGAAACAGACUAGAAAAAAAUAAGCAGCAUUAUUUUUUGUUCUGUGGAAAAUAAAAGUGGGAUUCAUGUACAGCAGAAAUGUGUGAGGUGCAGUACUUGGAGCUUGUGCUGACUGACCUAUCGCACAGACACACACCUCAGUGGAAGUUUUGCCUUGGUGCAGUGAAGAUGUUAACCACACCUCUCUCUGUAUAUAAAAAAAAACUACCUUGUACAGGGUCUCAUCACUCUGCAAGUGCUGCAUUACUGAUGCUGUUUCCUCAAGACACAUCUACACUUACAGUGUGCUCCAUGACAGAGUGGCCUAAGGGAACGUUUAGUCUAUAUGACAAGCGUCAGAUCAAACACUGCCCUUGGUCCUUAUUGUGAGCAAAAAGCUGAUCAUAAUUCAGAAUAUUGAGGGAAUGCCCUCAUGCUCAAAUGCUAGUCCCUUCUCUUACUUGAGAAAGGAUGUAAGAAAGCAACCUGAAAUGAAAACGAGGCAGUGUGCUUAUCUUGAAGGUCAAAAUUAAAACAAAAGAUGGGGGAGAGAGGCAGUGAGAAAGAAAUUAAGACAAACAUAUAAUGAGAU